AUGCUUUAUUCUUGGUGUGUUUACGUAGACGAAACCGUAAAAAAACAUUUUCCUAUCUUACUCAGAGCUAUACCAAUCGGACUCAAGUCCAGGUUUUCUUUGGAGUCCGGGAAACUGCUGAAUGAUAACACUGAGCAACAGCGAGUGGCUCUAAGUGUUGAUCUCCCCCGAAAAUGUCGGGGUGUCGUGGACUUGGAUCGGUGGAAGGCAUCUGAGCUACGACAGCUUCUUCUGUACAUAGGACCCGUUGUUUUACGAGAUAUCUUACAUCCUGAUGUUUACGAAUGCUUUAUGCUGUUCACCUUUUUUCACAACACUACGCCGAUUUAUCAAUUGACUUUUCCAAGGUUUCUGUGUCAAAAUUUGCUGCUGUUUUUGGCCCCAUCGGAGCUGGGGCAUCUGAAGCACUACAUACAUGGGUCUAAACCACCAGCUGUUCAGCUUUACCGCCGACAGGUCGGGCGUGUGGGAUUGGAUGCUGUCGAAAGGGAGAUAUUUUUGGAUGAUGUUGGUUUGCGACUGAGGCCAUCAGUAUGUUCAUGGGGAUGUCGUUUUUUGAAAAACCUUCCCGACAACUGCAUUUUGUUUGAUGGUCAACCAGCAGUCAUCGUAGACUUUUCUACAGAUAUUAAUGAGUACCAGAUAUUCAAAACUGUUCUCACAUUUUACACUCACGCAUUGAUAUCGACAGACGUUUUAGUUUUUCAAUGCUCCGACCUGCAAAACACUCGGUUGUUUGCAUCAGUCGACAGAAUAUCUUGUAAAUGCUUAAGUUUUUCCCGCAAGGUUAUUCGUAUAUACAUCCCAAUUUUGCGUACCCUUAUUGAUUAUACUCUUACCACCGGCACUCAACCAGCAGUCAUCGUAGACUUUUCUACAGAUAUUAAUGAGUACCAGAUAUUCAAAACUGUUCUCACAUUUUACACUCACGCAUUGAUAUCGACAGACGUUUUAGUUUUUCAAUGCUCCGACCUGCAAAACACUCGGUUGUUUGCAUCAGUCGACAGAAUAUCUUGUAAAUGCUUAAGUUUUUCCCGCAAGGUUAUUCGUAUAUACAUCCCAAUUUUGCGUACCCUUAUUGAUUAUCGUGCACGUACGAGGUGUUUCGGUAUUGCAGCAAGUUCAUGUUCAGUUAAAAAUGUUCUAGAUAGUUUUCCGGAUGCAAUGGGUGCUCAACAGGAGGCCUUUGACUCUGAAGAGCAAAACGAUGAACGUCUCUUACGUCAAUCCAUGCGCAAACAGUAUGUUUAUCAAUCGUAUUACAAUGGUUGCAGUACAAAGAAACGGCUGUCGUCUGAUUUUACAGACGGAUCAGAUCAUGAUUCCAGUGGUGACAGUACUUUGUGUGCGAACAUAGUCAUAAGCUCACCAACUCCAAAAAGACUAUGCACCAAUCCGACUGCCAUUAUUAGUAGUAUCAUUCCUGUUCAAGACGCGGCACCCGUCCUUGGUGAUGCCCCGAUGACGUGUGGAACGUACGGUUUAUUUCAUCACCACUAUCUAGAAUCUAUCAGCAGUUCCACGUACAAAACACUUUCCGCUGUGGGCGAUCCAGAACCACACAGUUCUACCCCGAUCCUCAGAACUAACUGUCCAAAUUCAAAGGCCAGCGUAAUUUCCCCGGACCUGGCCAACCUCAUUCUCAACGCGACAAGUGAGAAGUUUCCGAACACAAAUCUGCGACAAAUAAAGGAAAUCGCUUAUCGCUGGCUGGAGAACGAACGACAGAAAGUUCGGAAACGCCUACAAAGAGCCACCAAGAGUGACAAAUGA